UUGGCCGAGUGGUUAAGGCGUGUGCCUGCUAAGUACAUGGGGUUUCCCCGCGAGAGUUCGAAUCUCUCAGGCGACGAUUUGUUUUUAUCAUGAGUUGGCAUGCAGUAGAGAAUGCAAUCAUCAUCAUCAUCAAAAUCCCCAAUGCUGCAGCAGCUGCUCCUCCUCCUCCUCCUCCAACUGUCCUCCUCCUCAUCAGAUGCAGAUGCAGAUGCUGCAGAGUGCGGCAAGUCACUGAGCGGGCUGGCCCCCUGCCUGCCGUACGUGCAAGGGCAGAGAACCGCCAAAUCCCCCACGCCGGACUGCUGCGCCGCCCUCGAGCAGCUCCUGCGCACCACCACCACCAAAAAGUGCCUCUGCGUCAUCAUCAAAGACCGCAACGACCCCGACUUCGCCGCCCUCAAGGUCAAUGCCUCUCUCGCCAUCUCCCUCCCCCGCGCCUGCAGCCACGUCCCCGCACCUUCACCCACCAACUGCCCUGCACUUCUGGGGCUUCCUCCCAAUUCGCCUGAGGCUCAGAUCUUCUACCAGCUUGCCAACAACAAUAAUACUCGAGCACCAGGAGUCCCCACCCCCACCCCCACCCCCACCCACACUGGUGCGGCGGUCGGAAUCCCCCCAGCCCCAGACGCCGGAGCUCAGAAAAGCGGUGGAGGAGGAAGGGCGGGGACGUCUUUUCACAUCAUGCUCCACCUCCUCCUUUCUGCUCACUUAUAUUAUCUCUCUUAAUUUCUUCUAUGUAAUUAUUAUUAUUGUUGUUAUUAAUCACUCUCUUCUUUUUUGAGAGAUUUGAUUUGACUUGGUUUUGGUUUGUUCCAUUAACAAAUAAAACUACUAUUA